AUGGAACCAACCCGCUACAUUGCUGUCUUGGCAGCAUUGGCAUCCUUCGUAGCAACCUCACCUGCACCAAGUCACCCAAAGGGUUCGCGGCUCUUGUUCACCCAUACUGAUUCUACCCUCCGUGUUGUCAAAACAUCCCCAGCUGAUCCUGGAUCAUGGGUCACCGAUGCGGACAAAGAUGGGUUGAUCGAGAAUGGUGUCCGUUUCAUCGAUAUCACUGACAUCAAGGACGAAGAAGUUCUCGAAAUGAUAUCCACCCCUGAUCACGACUUCAGUCAGUACCUCAACACUCUCGACCUGAAUACUGAAUUAGCCCAGCAAGGGUUAGAUUGGAUGCAGGACGAACACGGUGGUCCAUCUAUGGCCCCUUCUGAGCAACCGACACCGUUCAAUACUGAACGUGCAAUGCGUCACCUCAAGACAAUGACUGAGUUUUGGAGCAGAGAUCACCGGGUGGAAAACGGCACAAAAGCUGCCGAAUGGAUACUCGAAAGUAUUGAGAGGAUCGUUGCCUUGGUCAACCCGCGUAUCGAAUCCGCCGCGUUCGCACAUAACGCCACCAAGCAGCCCUCAGUUAUUGCCAAGCUGCCCGGAGCUACCUCUGACAUUGUUGUCUUCGGUGCCCACUUUGACUCUAUUUCAAGAAAGCCUGGUGGUUAUGCUCCAGGAGCCGACGAUAAUGCUUCUGGAACGGUCGUGCUGCUUGAACUUCUCCGGACACUAGCAGAAAAGACGAGUCACAAGGAUACCGAGCCUUGGCAGCCCCUUCGCAACACAGUUGAGUUCCACUUCUAUGCCGCAGAAGAGGUCGGUUUGCUUGGCUCUUCAGAAAUCUUCUACGAUUACAAGGUCAAAAACAAGACGGUCGUUGCCAUGCUGAACCACGACAUGCUGGGAUUCUCUUCCACUGACAAGGUAUCUCUGGGUGGCGACAAAAUUGACCCACGCCUCACACAUGUCCUCCGAACCAUUGCGAAGCAGCGCGGCAUCGCAACACUGAGCUUUUCUUGCGGUUACGCCUGUUCCGAUCAUGCAAGCGCUCACAACAACAAGUACCCUGCGGCCUUCAUAACUGCCGAUCGUGACCCAACGGGCAACGACAGAAUUCACACCGAUAAAGAUGUCAGUUCCACCAAAUUUCUCUAUGGCCACGCCGAAAGUCGGGUGCUAAUCUUGAUUGCAGACAUUAGAGACGAUCGAUAA